AUGGAUGGAGAGAAGAAAACCUAUGGUGGCUGUGAAGGUUCUGAUGUCAAAUUAGUAUCUUCUGAUGGCUGCAAAUUUAUUGUAAAAAGAGAACGUGCACUAACUCUGGGAACAAUAAGAGCCAUGCUGAGCGGGCCAGGUCAGUUUGCUGAGAAGGAAUCCACUGAGGUCAAUUUUAGAGCGCUCCCUUCACGUGUGGUAAAAAAAGUAUGCAUGUAUUUUACCUACAAGCUUUGCUACACUAACAGUUCCACCAAGAUUCCUGAAUUCCCAAUUGCACCUGAAACUGCACUGGAACUGAGGAUGACUGCCAGCUUCCUAGAUUAUUAA